AUGCCACUCGAUAUUGCCAUGGCCGAAACGGAAGUCGGAUCUUCAGCUCUGAACACAGAAAAAGUGAAUGACGGCCAAGUCAAAAGAUUGCAUCACAUCCCUCGACCUGGCACCAAAGAAGCAGAGAGAAAAUCGCUUCUAGGACAAAUGGCAGCUGCUUUCCGUAUAUUCGCCAAACUACGGUUCGCGGAUGGUAGCAGUGGACAGAUCAGUCUUCGAGAUCCCAUCGAGCCCGAAACCUUUUGGUUAAAUCCGUAUGGCGUUCAUUUCGCCCUUCUUAAAGUCUCGGAUAUGGUCCGGGGGGACGAGCAGGGAAAUCGAGUAGGUGGAGCUGAUAAGCCUGUGAACGCUGCGGACUUUAUGAUACAUUCUGCAGUUCAUAAGAAACGACAGGAUAUCCAUGCGGCGUGUCAUAUGCAUAGCCCGUAUGGAAGAGCGUGGAGUACUUUUGGUAAGGGGACUGAUAUGCUAAACCAAGAUUCAUGCAUGUUUUAUGACGACCUCUCGGUAUAUCCGGCCUUCGGUGGGGUUGUUUUUGCGCAAGAAGAGGGUCAACGGAUUGCAGGAUACCUUGGACCAACAAAGAAAAAUCCGAUUAUGCAAAAUCAUGGUCUUCUUACUUCUGGUGGGACCGUCGCAGAGGCAGCCGCGUUAUUCAUUGCACUUGAACGAGCAUGUCAGAAUCAGCUUCUGGUGGAGUCUUCUAUUGCGCCCGGCUCCGUGGGAAGUAUCUUAGGGAAUCUGAAAAAGACAGUUAUUGAUCAUGAGACUGCGUUAUACACUAAGAAAGGAACAGAUAGCCCCGAGGCGAUGUACAUGCAGUUUGAGCCUGAGUAUCAGCUGGUCCUGAGGGAGACGAAUGGUGAGUUUCUGCAGUGA